AUGGAUUCGGGUGAGAUUCAGUAUCUCUUCAAAGAGACCCGCUUGAACCUCGAACCUCCCUCCCCAUCAUCGGUCGUUACCAUUCGAGUGCCCUCCGGCUCUGGCAGCAGAGGCCGCCCCAAGCUAUCGUACGAUGUUGAGGACGAGACGACUUUCCGAUUGAAGAACUUGGCGACUGCGGCGUCGAUAUACCGGCGGAAAUGGCACGAUUCGCCGAGGAACUUCCUAUGGAGAGUCCUGGAGGACGGUACAUUGUUAAGCAUCCGAGCAGUGGAUGUUAGCAAGAAGGACAAGGCGGCAGAUGCGUCUCUGAUUAUCAACUUUCACUUCACAGUGCCGAUUCAGCAGGGGUGCGUAGUGUUUUCGGACCCGGAAGAGCACGAUGCGUUGUGCGUGCAUGUGCUGGACCAGGCCUGCUACCUAUACACGUUUACCCUGCGGCCGGAUCUUUUCAAGAGAAGAGGCGCCGUGGAUGCUGGCCUGCCUGAUAUCUGCAAGGUCCAGUCUCCGGCUGGCCUCAGUUUCAAGUAUCCUCAUCGAAUGGUGGCUGUGUCAGCGAAUACGCUUCUUGUUACGGUCAACGAUGGCGGCAUAAUUCGAUUUGACAAGCAAAAGGGAGAUGACGCAUCUACUACGCUGUGGAGAGAAUCCUUCUUCAAUGUUCAAGGAUGGGCGCAGAACCUACGAAGUCUCUUGCCGUUCCAGGGCAAGCACACGAUCAAGUACGGAAAAGCCAACAUGGAAUACAGCACUGCGACAUCCAUUGAGAUCACCGACUUUGGGCUCGAGAACUGCCUGUUUGCCGUCACCGUUUGCCUCGACCACCGAAUCCGUAUCUGGAAUGUCAACGACGGCCAGAUUCUGCAAACAAUGGACAUGUUGAAUGUUGAGAGGUCGCCUCAAGAAAUGGGCAAGUGGUCAAUUGAUCCGGCGCAGUACAAUCUUACACGAGUUGUUGGAAGAACUCGUGGGCAAAGAAUCUGCGCAACUUACUCCCCCAUUGGCACUGGAGAAUUCAAGUUUUGGAAGAUUACUGCAAAGGAUGCCCAUAACGUGGUCAUUGAGGAUCUCUUUUCUAAAUGUACCUUGAUCCCAGCCACUCCAUCCUCUUCCGAUAUUUGGACACUAGCGGAUUUCGUGUUGGCAUCAUCGGAGGAAGGUCAAAUCAGCUUGUGGACUCUAUGGAAAAACAACAUGACAUACCGAGUACAGCGUCUAGAGCUGGAUCGAAAGAAUAUGGCACAGUCAUGGGAGGAUAGCUGGGACGGCGUGUAUUCCGAGCCACGAAGUCUUGAUGUGCAAACAUCUGGCCCCUGUGACCCUACCGAUGUCACGGAGAAGUGGCUUCAGAUGAUUUUGCAACCAGGGAGGUUCACCAAGGCGACAUUAGAAGCGGCGCUGGCCAUAUAUGAGCGUGGGCUAGGUUCUCCGAAGGAGAACAACAAGGGGCGCGGAUUGGCCGAGUCCAUCUGCUCAGUCUUGGGCUCGACUGCUUCUCUGGAUCGCGGAUCAUCAGGAGAGAUGGAUUAUGAGCAGUUCCGAUCAUCAAGCGAGACACAGUGGAGAAGAUUCUAUCGGUUGCUGAAUGAGCUUGAUAAACAGAGAGGUGAAGCCAUCGGCAUGAUCAUUGAUACUGAUGCCGACAUGGUUUGGGUAGUUUGUGCGGAUCUCAUCUCUUCCGUUCGGGAAUGCAGUCACUUGGAACGACUCUACCACAACCUAGCUACGCCGGAUCAAGGGUCUGUGCGACAAGCUGAUUUGAUCGGAGCCGGACUGACGCUCGUGGAGGGAUUCCCAGACAGCCUAAUGCAGCUUUGCAAUGCCGCACUAAGGCCUGAGCUGUUUGGAGAAUCUUCCAAGACAGAUCUUGAGCGGAUACAAUAUUUCUCAGAUAAAGCUAGCUUUUGGAGAGGCAUCACAGACGAAGAUGCUCAGCAGGUGGUCGACACUCUGGACAUCAAUUUUGCAGCUGUAACAAAUGAUCUCUACCGAAAGGUGCUGGGUCUCCUUGUCACGCCGUUAGAUGAUAAGAGCCGAAGCCCUAACCAUCCUCUGACGGAGUUUGGCAGAAAGCUCGUCAUAACGGCGGCUGAAGAGAAUAUAGCUCUACAAUGGAAAAUAUGCUUCAGCCAGCUCAUCCUCCUAGCCCACAUGGAGUUUGAGUUUGACAAUGAAGAAGACGCCCUUCACCACAGGAUAGAUGUCGGAACUGUUUUCCGGCAACUCAUUGCGACAUUGAAGAGGCUGGAGCUCCUUAAGUGGCUAUCACAGACCGAGCUGGCCAUUCCGCUACCCGAACACAGUCUAUCUUCUCUGACAAAAAGGGGAGAAGACGUCCAAAUAGUGACUGCCUUGGAAGCCAAUGUAGGCCACUUGCUAGGCUUGCAGGGGUUGGCCGGUGAGCCACUUGCCAUUAGCAUUACUGACCUCGUUACCAAUCUCUGCUCUCCUAAUGGAGAUAUCGAGGUAUCUCCAUCACUCAUCCAGUGCUCCCUCAUCAAGCGUGACAGAGCGGAUCUGGCUCUGGAUCUUGAGCCGUUCUGUGAUCAAAAUCCCUUCUCGAUCUACAUCCACGGCAGGGUUUUGUUAGCGCUGAAAGAUUUUGAAUCCGCGUCUAUCAACUUCAAGAAGGCAGCUGUCGGAAUGGGCAGCGAAACGGUUGAGCUUGAGCGCCAUAGCAGUGGUCUGCUUGACGACACGGAGUGGAACCUAUUGAACAGCGGACUAGCUCAAUACUAUUCACACAUUGUCGCCCUAUUCGAGAAGCAAAGAGCGUACUCAUACGUGGUUGAGUUUGCUCGGUUAUCCGUUCAGUUCACGGGGGCCAAGCCAGAGAAUGCUAGCAUCAAGACAGACAUGCUGAGCCGUCUUUUCAACGCGGCAUUGGCCACGUCCCAGUUUGAGCUGGCCCACACAACAUUGUUGUCAAUGAAGGAUGAAGCCUUGAGGCACUACAACCUGCGGAAACUCGUGGAUAAGAUGUGCGAGACGUAUCACAACUCUGAGCUUGUGACAUUAACGUUCCCUGGAAUGCAGCAAGAGGUCGAUGAUAUCCUUUCACUAAGAUGCAAGACUAUCAUGGACGUCAUGCAUGCUUUCCCAUACCACCAGGUCCUGUAUUCGUGGAGAAUCAAGCACAACAACUUCCGGGGCGCAGCAUCCGUCAUUCUCGACAAAAUCCAAAAGCUGAGACUGGCUGGCGAGGGGGAUCAAAUUACGGGUGAGGAUGUGCUCGACACGCCUGUUACGAAGCAGUACCUGCUGCUCAUCAACGCACUCAGCUGCGUGGAUGCUAAGCAGGCGUGGAUCUUUGAUGAGGGCAUUCCUGAGGGGGAGAAGGGGGCGAAGCGAAAGGUCGUUUCGCUGGCGGAUAUCAGGAAGCAGUACCAGGAUGAGCUGGAUCGGAUUGCCGCGAUCCAGAAUAAUCAGUUUGGAUUCGAGGCGGGUGAUAUAAUGGAUAUUGCAUGA